AUGGAUUUCAAACGCAUCCGAAUCAGCAUCACCAUCCCCCGCCUCACCAAAACCCGCACCAAAACAGUCAUCACCGCCCUCCUCUCCCUCGCCAUCUCCGCCUUCGUCCUCUCUAUCUUCCUCCACUUCUCCCACCUCCACCGCCCCCCCACCCCCAACACCCCCCUCUCCGCCGCCUGCUCCGCCACCCUCUACCCCUCCCUCUGCCUCUCCUCCCUCUCCCCCUUCCCCAACUCCUCCCACCACCUCCUCCCCCUCUCCCUCCACCUCUCCCUCUCCCGCGCCCUCCUCCUCCCAAAAGCCCCCUCCCCGCCCGCCCGAGACUGCGCCGACCUCCUCGACCAGACGGUCUACGAGCUCGAAUCCGCCCUCGCCGAGCUCCCGGCCUCCCGGCCCCCGUACCAGAACAUCCGGACGCUCCUCAGCGCCGCGAUGACCAAUCAGCACACCUGCAUCGACGGAUUCUCGGAUGUCGAAAACGGGAGGUUUCUCGAGAGCCUCCUCACCCCGGUGUCUCAGAUGAUCAGCAAUGCCCUGGCGCUGAUCAGGCAUGUGGAGGCCCAAGAAAGUGUCAAGAAUGUCAAGAUGGUCACCGGUGAGGCCGCGACCGGAUUGGCUCGGAGGAGGAGGAAGAGGAGGAGGAGAUUGAGGGCUAAUGUGGUGGUGGAUUGUGGUGGGAGAGGGAGGUUUAGCCUCAUUGGGGAAGCAAUUGCAGCUGCUCCAAACAUGAGUGUGAAGACCUAUGUGAUCAAGAUCAAAAAGGGGGUUUAUAGGGAGAAUGUGGUGAUCCCAAGAGAGAAGAUCAACAUCAUGCUGGUUGGAGAAGGGAUGAAUUCAACCAUCAUCACUGCUUCAAGAAGCUUAGCAGAUGGAUUCUCCACUUUUGAAUCAGCCACUCUCACUGUGGUGGGAGAUAAGUUCAUAGCCAGGGACAUCACCAUACAGAACACAGCAGCAGCAGAGAAGCACCAGGCCGUUGCCUUACGCGUGACCUCGAACGCAGCAUUCUAUCGCUGCAACAUCGCGUCGCACCAGGACACGCUCUACGCGCACUCGCUGCGCCAGCUCUACCACGAGUGCACGAUCCAGGGGACGAUCGACUUCAUCUUCGGGAACGCGGCGGCCGUGUUCAGCAAGUGCAGGAUACUGGUGCGGAGGCCGCUGCCGGGGCAGAGGAACACCAUCACGGCGCAGGGGAGGGAAGACCCGAACCAGAACACCGGGAUCAGCCUGCACAAGUGCACGAUCGAGGCCGCGGCCGAGUUCAACUCGACGGAGAGGAAGCGCUUCGCGACGUACCUAGGGAGGCCGUGGAGGAAGUACUCGAGGGUGUUCGUCGCGAACAGCUACCUCGGGGACCUGAUACACCCGCGAGGGUGGCUGGAGUGGCCUCUGUACAGCGACGCGGAUACGGUGGAGUACGUCGAGUGCAGGAACUACGGGCCCGGUGCAUCUAUGAGGCGGCGGAUCUCGUGGGGUGGUUACCGGAACAACUGCACCGCGGAGAUGGCGAAGCGGUUUGCAGUUCUAGAGUUCUUACAUGGAGAAGAUGACUGGUUAGAGUCGACUGUGAUACCAAUUUUUGAUUGAAAAUGGAUCAAAUCCUGAUUUUUGCAAUGGAA